AUGCUGCGCCAUCGGCGACACAAUGGACAGUACCAAGGUUGCUUUAGCAAAUCGCACUGGGGAAAGCGACGUGUUUCCGACAAGUGGGAUGUGUUGGUGCAACAAGCUCCAAACCUUUCCAAACAAGUGUCUGAAGUUCCCAAUGUGCUCCGGCCUGUCCUGGGGAUAAAGGUCUUGAAGCAUACCAACAGCAAAUUCAAGAAGAAGCCAGGGACCCCGUUGCACAAUCUUCCGGAGCCUUUGACAUUGGCAGCAGAAUCGUUUCUUCUAGAUCGCAUGGCUCUAGGUGAAGAGAUUGGGAUUGAUUUCGUAGAGAGCUUAGUGAGGGAGUUCGUGACUGUAUGGAAUGAGAAGAUUGAGGAGUUCAAAAGUCAAGUUCUCGAAAUAUCUGGCCCCAUGGUACUUGCAGAAGAAGAUCAACAGAUUCAUGAUGGCAUGGAACAUGCUGAAAUUGGUCGGGUUCAGGGUCAGAUGAUGCACAGCAUGGAGUCCCUAGUGGCAGCUCUAGUACCUAUCGACGCGAGCUUUCACAAGACUUCUUUGGAGUUGAGUGUCUCCAGCUCCUUAAGAGCAGAUGCAUGGGCCUAUAAGCAGCUCGGGAAGUUUGGUGGAGGAAAGCUCAUCAUGCACGCGUGGCUGUCCAGGGGCAUGGUGACGCGUGAAGAUAUGGCUCAGUGGCGUUUCGAUGGCAGCAUGGAUGCUCUGACUGAAUGCAUGAAAUUUGUGCGGGGAUCUAUGCGUCAUCUCUACCGUUUGGAGGGCAUUGGUGAUGAAGACUACAGCGAAGAAGCCAAGAAGAUCACAAAAGCAGAGAAUGGAGCUUUGGUGGGAGAAACCGCUGCAUACUGGGCAAUCAUUGACGAAGAUGUUGAUGGCAACCAGCAUGUCUUGCUUCCAACAUGGUGGUCAGUGCCAAUCACUAGGAGCAUUAGCAUCUGGCAGAAGGAGAGCGAUGAUUGGCAGCAGAAACUCACAAAACGACGCAAUGAUGGAAAACAUGAUUUUGCACCAAAGGCGAAGGAAGCCUAUGAAAAGUGGAAGGAGUGCCACACUCGUCGCAUAGUCCUGAACAAGAAAAGACAAUCUCAGGUUAUGAAUCUUGCAGUCAAGAACUUGCAGGAAGUGAAAUCUUCGUGCUUGCUGCUGGAAAUUUCUAUGAGUGAUGAUCCAAACGAGCUACGCAUCAGGUCAGGAGGUGGCAAGUACUUCAAGCUAGUGCUUCUCGAAGGGGUGCAACAACUGGCAACUUCUGAAAUUCCAGAACAAUUGGAUCUUCAUCCAGGACCAGUGAUGGAUGGUGAUGAAGCUGAUGAUGAUGAUGCAAUGAACAAUCCAUACGAGGACCCAGAUUCGCUUGAGGGUGAGAAUGGUGAGAUGGACAUUGAUGGGUUUAUCUUUAUGGAUUCCGAUUCUGAUGAUGAUGAUGCACCAAACCAGGGACAUGAUCAGAAAAUCCGAGCGAAAGCAAAAAUUCGGUUGAAAGCAGCCAGCUCAAGGCCUGAGUUUGUUGAGUUGCAAGCUCUCAAUCUUACCAACAGGCCGGAAGGUUGCAGUGUUCAUGAAGCCAACACAGUAUGGCGCACUUCCUGUUCCGGAUCAAAACGCAUUGGUCGAACAUAG